AUGGACGACGGGAAGCUCCUCGUCGUCGGUGGCGAGACCGACAUCCUUCAUUGCGGUUUCAGCCAUUCGAUCUCACACGAAGGCCGGCGCUACCCUUCAGCCGAACAUUUCACCCAUUCGGUGAUCUUAGCCCAACUGAAGCUCAAUGACUCCCACAUUCUCGAGCUUCUCAGCUGCCGGAGUAGCGAAGUGAAGCACAGAGCAAAGCAGCUCCUGACUGACAAUAUGCCCCAAGGUCACAGCCUCGAGUCGUUGCGCGGCUAUCUAGAUCAAAGCCGUCAAUCCUACACUAUGGAAGGACUUCGGCUUCGUUUUCAGCAAGAUCCCGCAUUCGAGAAGGCUUUGAUGGAGACGAAAGAAUCUCUGUUGAUAGUCUGUGAUCCUAACGACCGGGAGAUGGGCAUCGGAAUGGAUGAGGCCCAAUUUAUGGAACUUGUAAACCAAGAACGAUUGGAUGCUCAGAAGGUCGGUUUGUGGAUGAGAAGCAGCCAACAUCGACCUCCGCAUGUUGGUGCGAAUCAACUAGGUUAUUUAUUGAUGUGGCUGCGCUAUGAGGAACGCGAGAAGAGGAGAAAUUCCAAAAUUUCCUUUGAGCCCCACGUCAUCGACGGUAUCAGUACCGAUGAUGAUGGAAAUCUAGUGAAGAUAUCGUGCAAUGAUCAGAUCGUCUUCCUGAAGGGCAUCUUCCAGCCUUUAUCAAAUUAUUAUGCCCAUCCAUUCGAGAUGAAAGGUGGUCGUUACCGUAGUGUGGAACAUUACGCAUACGAGAAGCUCUUCAAUUCCUUGCGUUUGGAUGAAAAGUGCGUGGAGAAGAUCAUCACCACUGUCGAUCCAUGUGUUCUGAAGAAGGUGGCCGAUAAGGUAUUCGCCGUGGAGAAGAUUGAUGAAGAAGUCUUGCAAAGCAAGCUCGCAAGACUGGACCGAUGGCGCCAAUCUGCAAUGAAGCACAAAAUCAUGAAGAUCGAAUAUUUGCAGCAACUUCUGCUGAGUACUGGUCAGGCACUACUCGUUGACUGUGCGCCCAUCGCUUCUGAUUGGACGUGCUCGACUGUUGAAUCCGAAUUGCAACAUUUAUUGACAAAGGAAUAUGUCACAAAUCAGCAACUCGUGGAAUGGAUGUGUGCUGUUGAACCGCCGCGCCGAAUCGCUCAUCUUCAGGGCAACAAAGGAGCCAUCUUGCUGAUGGAGUUGCGUACCAAGAUCGCUGAAGUAACCCCAAGCCGUAUUCCAUUGGUUAUUCCACCGGUUAAAUCUUCACUGAUCGACACGAUUAGCCAUCAUCUGAUCUGCUUCACACCGGAAAGCGUCUUCUGUCCACUAUAUCCGGCUGAGAUUCGUGUAGCACCGGACCAACCAUUGUUACCCAGCCCGGCACACUACGUUGCACAAGAAACAGCCAAAUAUUUUAUGUUCAAUGAUGGUGAUACCCGGUACGUGCUUGAAGAGAGGUCGUCGAUCGAAUGCUGGCGUCGACUUUACGAGACGGUUGAUGCCUGCUAUCGAGGCCAAGAGAGGGCCCAGAUGUGGUUUAUGGAAAAGCGUCAAAAGAUGAUCCACGAGUCGCUGCGGAUGCUGUUCGAACAACAUGCUCCCCUUCUGCGAGCACUGCUGGAUACGAACGAUGUCUUCCUGGCUUACUGUGCAAGGUGGGGCAGCGUGGAUUCCGAACUUUCGGUGGGUAUGCGUGAACAAGAUCUGCGUCAAUGGCUGGCUUACGUUGAUCUCGGGACAAAGCAAUUGAUCGAAUUGUGUACUAGACCCCUCGCUUUCCGACCACCCUUCCUCGGCGGAAAUCGACUCGGAUUCAUUUUAAUGGAUCUUCGUGCCGAGUUUCGAGCAAAAGGCGCGAUCCCUUGGGCCUUGCCGGAAUUAAAGAUUGGUACAGAGACAAUUCUCGGCACGGACUCUCCAGCAGAAAGUUUGAUCAUCGACGAACCAUUUGAUGCUCUGGAUGAAAGGAACUAUGUGCAGGCAUGGGCAAAUCCACUACUCUUGCUGGCUAAGAAGAUGAAAGAGCAAAGCCUCAUGAAUAUCGCCCGAUUGCCUAAAGCCUGUCUGCGACUGCUUACAGCCGACGAACUGAAAUUACAAGACCAUCUUUCCAAAAUCGAUGCUUGGAAGACGACGAAGUUGGAUACGACUUGGCUGGCUGAGGUGCCUCCAGAAGAGCUUCGUGCUCUAGUGAUGCGCCUCAGCGCACGUGUCCGGCAGAAGGCAACCGAAUGUGACAAGCAGCAGAAGGACUUGUCUGAUUUGUCCUUUGAAAUCACGCAAAUGCAGUACAUCAGAAGGGGUAUCGAGAAUGAGGUACUAAAGAAGCCAGCUACCAAGCCUGCCUUUUCGACCCCAUCUGCGGCAAACGAUACACCUCCAACUAGUGGUUAUCGCUCAAGCCAGCGACCCCGAUCUCCAGCUCCGCGGCAAUCGAGCGGCCAAGAUCGGAAAGAGUUCCGCUCGGAGGAACGCCGAAGCAAAGGACGCGCUCCCAGGGAUAUGCCCGUACGCGUACCAUUUAUCCCGAAAAAGCCAGAGGAACUGAAAGAAUUCAAAUCUGCACCACCACCUAAAAAAGAGCCUGCACCGCCCAAGCCGAAAAAAGAGCGUCCCGUGGAUGAGGAACUCAGCGACGGAGAGAUUCUAGACAGUGAUGAAGAU